UCUGGUUAGGGGCAGAGCUGCUGUUGAGUCUGAAAUGGAAGUUCUGUUGAAGUUGAGGAGUGAGGUAGAGGAACAGCUGCAGAACGUACUGAGCAAGAAGGUGGAGGUGUCGUUCGAGAAGAGUAGGAUUGAGAAUCUCCAAAAGGAAUUUGAGAGUGAUAACUCGGCUGUUGUGCAACUUCAGUAUGAGCUUGAAGUGGAGAGGAAGGCGUUAUCUAUGGCAAGGGCUUGGGCAGAGGAGGAAGCCAAAAAGGCCCGGGAGCAUGCACGCGCCCUUGAGGAGGCCCAGAACCAAUGGGAGCGUCAAGGAAUCAGAGUUGUUGUCGAAGGAGAACUGAAGGAUGACGCCUCAGCUAGGGUGACAUGGGCUAACGCUGGCAAAGAACACGCAGUCGACGAGUCUAUCAACCGGGCGGAAGCUCUGCUGGAGAAGCUCAAGACAAUGUCUGGUGAGAUGGAGGUGCGGUCUCAGGGUGCGGUGGAGAGAGUGAUGCAGCAUGUGAGGUCCUUCAUCGCAAUCCUAAAGCAGCAAGGUGCAGAUGCAAGGCAGUGGUGUACCGAGUUUGGGGCUUGUGCUGCUUCCAGAGCAAACGAGGUAUCAGCACAAGUGAAGGGAAGCGUAUCUGCGUUUGGUGCAACCCUUGGAGACAAGUCGAAGAGGGCAAUGGAAGAGUGUAAGGACGGCCUGGAGAGGAUUUCACACAGAUUCAAGACAGACUAGAUACCAAUUUUGUUGUUUGCUUGUUUUUCUGGGGAUGUUGUUGUUGCAGAGUUGUUUACUAUAGCAUGCUGGAACGAAAAGUAAGUAGUUCCCGACCGUGGCCUUCUGAAAUAAGUGCAACGAAGCACUUGUGGCCUUCUGGAAUAAGUGUAAUUAAUACCAACAGUAAUUAAUAAUAGUUCCCGUUUAUUAUAUUAUAUCACAA